UUGCUUUGGUUUUCACUCUACAGAAGAAAAGUGUUCCAGGUAGGAGGCCUUCAGCCCCACAGGAAAGACCUACUGACAACACCUCAGAUGCUCAAACUGCAUCACAAAAGGAAGACAUGAGGAAUUUUUGGCGCUGGUCGUUGAUCAACUACGGGAGAAAACAUUGCGUCUCACCAGUCAACAUCACCAACGCUGAAAAGACGGACUCACCAAACCCUGAGAAGAGCAGCAGCCCUGCAACAACGAACAACAGAGAUGAGCAGGACGAGCAUGACGACGUGACGUCGUUUUGCUCACUGGAUGAUGUCAUGCAGGCAAAUUCAGUCGACAUCACUGACCUCGAGGAGAAGCUGUUCAUGACCCGACUCAACGAAUUUCCAAACACUGGGCAGACCUGCUAUAUGAACGCAAGCCUGAGUCUCCUAACAUGAGAGGACGUCAUUGGGGACAUCAGUUGCAUGGAGCAGAAGCUUGAUGGAUGUCAGGGACGUUCAUUCGUCCAUAUACGCUCAAGUUAAAAUCCCCCUCCUGGAGUCAUUUAAGGAUGUGGUCUCUGCCCAGGCACCUGCAUUCUGGGACACUCUGCAAAAGGAUGCUCAUGAGUUCCUGACUGCAGUCCUGGAACAGAUAAGAGGUCUGGCCCCUCUGCUGCAGGAGACAGCAGCUUUCAUGGGCACACAUUAUACCUGCCCUGUAGACGAUCACCCGGUGAUCACAAUGGAGAACACCAGGACAUGCAAAAGAUGAGACUGCACAGUUCAGGCUGUGGAGCAGAGUCAGUGAGACAGGAGGAAUUUACAAACCUGUCUCUAGACCUCAUCCCUGGAGGCUCUGUGGAGGAGAUGCUCCAGGAGUACCUUAAGGAGACGGAGGUGGAGUUCAGGUGUGACUGCGGACGGAACACAUCGAGCUGCAGAUCAUCCCUCCUCACUCUGCCACAAGUGCUCAUCCUGCAGCUGAAGAGGUUUCGCUACUCUCCCUUCUUUGAGCUUGAGAAGGUUGAUGACCCUGUCAGGCUGAUAAGGGACCUGCUGGUCUCCUCCACACAGGAUGGAGGCUGCUACAGCUUGUUCAGUGCCAUCAGCCAUUUUGGCUCCACAGAAAUGGGACACUACAUCAGCGAAGGCAUCCACCCAGACUACAAUCUGGAUGAACCAGAUGAUCAUUGGCUCACCUACAAUGAUUCAAUGGUCUUUGAGACGUCCGGCACGUUAGUCUGUGAGCAGCAGGGGAGGGGUGCUUACAUCCUGUUCUACAAGAGAAUAGUGUAACCCAACUGACGAUGUAAUGUCGGACUAAGAGACCUGGACACAGUCAAGACGUGAUGUCGGACUAAGAGACCUGGACACUGUCAAGACAUGAUGUCGGACUAAGGGACCUGGAUACACCACACGGAGACAGGAUGACCAUCAUGGAGCCAGGAGACCGUUCACGGGACAAGGAAGGUAAGUGGGUUUCUAAACUUGUCUGUUUUCUUGGUGCAGUUGUUCAACGUGACGGUGGACAACAGAUGACCAGGAAAGACGACUGGAGGAUGAACGAAGAAGAUGUCCCGUGGCCAGGAGCAGCUGACGGUUCCCUUGCCCUUAGGAGGAUGGGCCCCCCCAGAGAGCCUGGUUCCUCCCAAGGUUUCUUCCUCUAGCAGGGAGUUUUUCCUUGCCACUGUCGCCUAACAGUCGCUGGACAGCAAGACAGACCCAACUCAACUCAUCAGCAUCGACACCACAGUUGUAGAGA